CCAAAACAUCUCUCUCUUCUCUUGUCUUUCCUUUUUUUUUUUUCUCUCUCGUACACACAAACACGCAUAUUCAUAGAUGGAAGGUGAAUCAGUGGUGUCAAUGGUUCAAAUUUUGCUUUUUGGUGGAGAGAAGAACCUGAUGCCUCUUUUUGAUGUGUGAGUGGGUGGUGCUGCUGCUGUUCUAACCUUCUCCAAUUUGGGUUUCAGUCUUGUUCUUCUUGUUCUUCUCUCUUUUUUCCCUUUGUAUUCUCUCUCGUUUUCCCAACUGACCCAUAAACAAAAAGCUCAUAAAGAUAAGGGUUUGCUCUAAGCUUGGAGUUAUCUGAUGACUAUCUCUCACCACGCAUGUUUUUAGUCAGAUAAGUGGGGUUGUGUAUUUGAAAUUCUAGUGAGAGAAAAUUAGCUAGCUAGAGAGAGAGGGGAAGGGGUACUAGUGUCUUGUUAUAUAUGCUGAAGGCCAAGUGUAAAGUUGCAGUUGUUGAGAAGGAGAGUUCUUGUGACUGUUUAGACAGCACAAGAAGACAUAAGAUUAUUAGCAGCAGAUGAUAUCCAUUGAUGAUCAUCCACCACCAGAUCCCUCAUCAUCGCAUCAUCAUCAUCAACAACAAAACCAUAUCUCUCAUGAUCUCAAGCUUUCUGAUAUAGAUCUGAAGUUUCUAGAUGCUGAUCUUGAUGACACCAACGACAACCAUCUCCCAAAUUUCUCUAUAAGGGAUUAUGUCUUCGGUUUAAGGAGCAAAGAUGUCGCCUGUAAUUGGCCUUUCUCUCCCACAAGUUUGCAACUUUGCUUGAAACAUGGAGUCAAGAAUUUGUUGCCACCUUUCCAGCCCCUUGAUUUACUGAGAGAUAACUCAUCUGUUAGCCGAUGCAAUCUUGAAGAUCCUUUACACGAUGAAGAAACCAUAAUCAGUUUUCAUGAGAAGCCCAGAAAUGAUGAUCAAUUCAUAUCCAAAGGCGAACAACCAUCUGGGUUUGUAACUGUAAGUACAAAUUCAAGCUGUUCCAAACGACACAACAACCAAGAACACUUGAUUCGCACAAAGUCAAAGGAGAAACCACCUGCUUCUUCGCAUCACACCGAAAACAUCAAAAAAAGUAGAUUGGUAAUGAAAUUUAAUCCUGGUGUCGAACCAGUUGAAGAGAUUUCCAUGGGUUCCAAAAUUUGCCCAGUUUGCAAAAUUUUCUCAUCAUCUUCAAACACCACCUUAAAUGCUCAUAUCGAUCAGUGUCUAACUGGUGAAGGGACUAUGAAGUGGACCGAUAACCCCAAGCUCCUCACUGUACAAUCGAAGAACUCGAUAAAAGAAACGGAACAAGCUGGGCUACAAAUUCGAGUUUUCCUGCUCAAGAAUUUCAAUUUCAAGAGGAAGAAGAAGAAGCAGAAGAAGAAGAAGAAGAAGAAAGAAGAAGAAGAAGAAGAAGAAGAAGAAGAGAAACAAGAGCAAAGCCCAAGAACAACUACCAUUAAUCAUGAAGUUGUUGAUAAUGAAGGCGAUGUUUAUAUCGAUACCGAUGGCACAAAAGUUCGGAUCUUAUCGGUUCCAAAAUCUGGUUCUUUGGAGAAUAAUCAUGGAAAUCGGAAGUUAUUGAAAGGAGUAAAAGGGAGUAAACUUGUCAUAGGUACUAAGAAGAAAUUCAAAAGCAAUCUUCAUAAGCAGAAACAUCACAAGAAGUAUCUGAAACUUAUCCCUAAUGCCAGAAAAGUUUGCUCAUCAAAGCCGCAGGCGAGAAAUGAUGAAGAAGAAGAUGCUGCCAUAGCUGAAAAUUGCAGAAAAGAUGAACCACCCAGAAAGCCUGUGAAUGAUCCGGUGGAUGAUUUGGCUAUUGUAAGGCCACCAUGGGCGUGCUCUAAGAGAACAAAUCUUGUAAAGAAACUCACUGGGAAACGGAAGCAUAGGAAGAACUUGCGCAUUGAAAGUGAUAAGUCUUCUUCACGAUGUGAUUUGGGAUAUCCUCCGCUUUCGUCUGAUGACGUGGCACUGUUACAAAGUAGGAAAAAAACGAGAACUUCCUCACCAUUAAUGGCGGAGUUCAGAAAAGAAAGCACCCGUAUGCAUGAAGACAACGAGGGUUCUCCAGAUUCUUCAAGUCCAUCUCACAAUUCUGAUAGAGCCGAUAAAAGAUCAAAGGGUAGAAAGUUUUUGAGGAAGAAUCUAUCGUUCCCAGUAGCUAAACUUAAUUUAAAAAGGAAAUCUUCUUCUUUUAAUGGAACAUUUCAAGAUUCAUCGAAAGAGAAUUCUCUUUCUAGAAAUGAAGAACACGUGGCUGCUGUAAGAAACAAUGAAGAGACAAGAUCAAGAUCCGUUACUUCAAAGACUUCAAAUGAAGAAUCUUCUGUUGGGGUUGAAACUGCUGACGUGGAUGCAUUUCAUGAUAUUCAAUCUGUUAGAAACGAGACGUUGCUAUCGAAUCUUGAACAAGUUUGUGUUGUUCCACCUCCAAAUUUCACGGGUUUGAGCAACUCGUUCGAUCCAGACUUUUCAAAAUGCGUUGAGAUGUAUCAAGAACAGCUAUUAUGUUCGACUAAUCGUGCUCCAGAUGUUGAAAAACACGAUUUUUUCUUUCAUGAAGAUGAACCGAUACCGAUUCCCGGACCACCCGGAUCGUUCUUGCCGCCAAGCCCUGGCGGAGAUGUAGUUUCUGAAGAACAGGUUCAGGCAAAUUCGUCAUCCACCACCACCACAAGAGUUCCAUCAAGUGAUCAAAACCAUCAUCAUGAUACAAUGGAUCGAGAUUCCAUGUCUAAUUCUCCAGUUUCAACUGUUUCUAAUCCCAGUUUAGCAAGAUCAGAUUCAAGAUCUACUUCUGUCGCACCAGAUGAUACAAAAUAUUUUCCGACCAGUUUCAAGAACGAUCAUCAUCAGCCUUGCUGUUGCUCGAGAAAAGACGGUGCUUUUUCAUAUAAUCAAGAAUUAUCAAUUGUAAGGAGACAAACGAUGGAAUCAAAUAAGAGUAGUAGUGCUCCAGGUGUUAAUUUCAACUUCAGAUCUGACACGUUUCCACUAAGCAACUACUCGACUUCCCAAGCACCUGAAACUGCAAUCUUUCCUUUACCUACCAUGAAAAAAUUACCAAUUUACGGUGAUAAUGAUUCGGUUGCUAGCCCUUCGAAACCUGUUCUUAGGUUAAUGGGAAAAAACUUAACCGUGGUUAAAACAGACGAAGAUGUAUUACCAUCACCAUCUUCACAGCCAUUUAGACCACCGCAGGGAAGUCAACAACACCAUCCUCAGCCACCGGUUAUCUUUACCCAGUUCCAAAAUGGCUCUGAGUCUCAACGUUUCAAUGUGUAUCCACAUCCACAGAUGAACAUGAGAAGUACUACUCAUGGUGGUUUCAUGGCAUCUGUGGAUCGAUAUGGCUAUGGUGGUCAUUACCUGGGGCACACUGCAGUGCCCCAUGCAAGGUCCCACUCCCACCAUGGCCAUAACAGUAAGGAGAUCAUCAUAAUUGAUGAUCUACCUGAAAAUGAAUUGGAUGAUUCUAUGCGAAACGAUAUCUUGAGAAGAAACCACGGGCAGAUGAAUCCGUUAUACUCGAUGUACCAGGCACAAAGUUCCGGUCAUCUGUACAGUAGUGGUGGUGGUGGUUCAAUGGUGUUUCAUGGUGGCAGUUUCAAUGGAGAUCUUGGCAAGUGGAAUGUAGGAUCAUCAUCAUCACCAUCGCGUUCAACAUCUCGUAUGCGAUCUUCAACAUCAUACUAUCCUCCUAGUUAUCCAUAAUGGAACAAUGCUUACAAGAUGAGU